GCCCGGCGCCUGUAUCCGUGCAGCCAGACAGGGGUAACCGUAGUCACCGGUCUAGCAGCAGCAGCAGCAGCAGCAGCAGAGAAGACAGGGACAGAGGGGGACUGAGAAGGAUCUUUACCAUCCCUGGAGAGUGAAACACACAGUGAGAUAAUGACUCUGGCAGCCUACAAAGAGAAGGUCAAAGAGCUCCCCCUGGUGUCUCUGUUCUGUGCCUGCCUGAACCCGCAGACUGCAGACAAACCCACAUACAAGGCAGAAGAUGCAGUGGACCUGGGAUGGUGCGUCAUCAAAGAUGUGGAGGUAAUUGAGCUGAACAAACGGACAUCUGGCCAGGCCUUCGAGGUCAUCCUCAAACCCCCGUCCUUUGACGGAGUGCCAGAGCUCAAUGCAUCCAUGCCGCAGCGCCGCGACCCAUCCCUGGAGGAGAUCCAGAAGAAGCUGGAGGCUGCUGAGGAGAGGCGAAAGUGCCAGGAGGCGGAGCUGCUGAAGCACCUGGCAGAGAAAAGGGAGCACGAGCGCGAAGUGAUCCAAAAGGCCUUCGAGGAGAACAAUAACUUCAUCAAGAACGCCAAGGAGAAACUUGAGCAGAAGAUGGAGGCCAACAAGGAGAACAGGGAGGCCCUGCUGGCUGCCAUGCUGGAGAGGCUGCAGGAGAAGGACAAACACGCAGAAGAAGUGAGGAAGAACAAGGAGAUGAAGGAGGAAGCUUGCCGGUAGAUGAGCAGAGAAGAAGAAGAGCGAGAAAGAGCAGGACUAGAGUUUUUUGAGUCGGUAAAAAAAAAGGAAUGAAACAGUGCAGGGAAGAAAAAAAGAACUCAAAAGCAAAUCGAACAAAAGGAAAAGCCGAGUUUUCAUAUUUGAUGUAUGCUGUAACGAUUCUGAACAAGCUGUACAAAGUUUAGCCAACUCUUGGUGUUGAAAUUUAAAAAAUCUUUCUUUUUUUUUCUAAAGGAAAGUGGGUGGGGGUGGGGUGGCAUCAAAACAAACAUUUCACAUUUUUCAAAGAGGGGCAGCAGUGGGUGUUUGGUGAGGAAUGAAAGCUGCGCCAAAGCAGGAGGAGGUAACAAUUUAAAUCACAGCUCUCAUUACUGCAGAUACUUCAGUCAGGAAACAGGAAAUUAUAACUGCCUGCAUAUUUUUGCAUUGUUGAGCAAGCUGUGCUUUUCUGGAUAAUCAGAAGUUGAAUGCAGUAACACAGCUAAUUACACCGUUUAUAUCCAAUUAGACUGAAACUAUGGAAAAGGGAGUUGUAACCUAAAUUGUUACCAAGUCAAACAUAAAAAAUGUGAGAUGUGGUUAAAAAAAAUGGGCACGAUGCAGUUAAGCAGCUGUAUAGUCAGUCACAACCAACAACAAUUCAAAGCUAAGACUCCCAGGCUUAUUCAAUCUCUGAUUUACAGGAUACUUACCAGUCAGUACACAUAAACAGGACACAACACAUGAGCUUCUGCUGUUUCCGGAUUACAAAUAAAAACUCAUUUCCCUAGAUUCACCACUCUCAAGUUAAUUCUUCGCAGCACCAUUUUUUGGGAUUGUUGGGUCUGUCUGGGGACGUCUGCGUGAACUCAGUGAAUCUCACAGUCUGAAUAUAAAAUGAAGAAUCAGGCUCUUGUUUCUUUCUACAGUGCUCUAGGGGAGUAAAAGAAAAAAAAAAGCUUGAAAUGCAAUGAAGCUCUGCUGGAUUGUGCCGUUUUCAGGCUCUUUGUGAAACUUAAACUGUAGUGUAGUUGUAGAUCAGUGACAUGCGUUUAGAUUUAGAGCACCGAUUGCACUCUUAUUUCAUUAAGCACAACUCAAAAGCACAUAUGCACACAUGAAAGACAGUGGAUAUAUACAAUAUAACAACAAUAACAUCACAAGGAGGCAAGGUAGUGAGUGACAGCAGUUCAGAAUUAGGAGAAAUUUGGUUUUGAAGGGAUGAGUUUGGGCUUUGUGGCUAACCAGCGGUCUCACUUUGCUUUGGCAUGUGUCACUGUGCUCUGAUUGUCAAUUUAUGAUUAUUUCGAGGGAAUGUAAACCUAAAUGAUUAAACAGAAAGAUGAAAUUUGCUUGGUUUGUUGAGUCAUACUGACUUGAUUGAAAUGUCAAAAAUGUUUGCACUGUAAGCGGGGAGUCGUUAUAUGGGGUUUGUACUUGCUGUAGCUGUGUGUCGCUGUAAAUCUUCAAGGCUGGAUCGAUUGUAUCUAUUUGGCAUGGUCAGUAAAAACAGCUUGGCUGAACUCACA